GAAACAAAGGGUGGUUUUCAGAGACUAUAUAUGCUUUGUGAAGAAAGCCCCUUAUGCAUUCUUUAAAUUCCGCUGCUGUCGAUACCGGCUAGGAAAUGGAAAGUGAACUAUUUACACCUUCUUUUAUAUAAUCAUUGUGGCGUCAAGAAACUAAACUGAAAAAGUAUCCCUCCAUUAUCCCCCCUACAUAACCGUUGAGCAACGGAUGACAUACCCGGCAACCAAAUUCAAAUAUCUGGAAAGUAAAAAUUAAAAUAAAAAAAGACCAAAAAGCAAAAGCCACCAUUCACCUUUCCCUUGCUCUUUUUUAUUCUUUCUCAAAUAAACUAUACUAGGAUUAUAUAUAGAUCUAUUCCAUAGCUACAUUGUCUACUAAUCUCUCCUCAGCCUAAAUCAAAAUCCAGUACCAAAAAUGGGGUCUUGCAUUAGCAAAUGCAUACCCAGAAAACAUCCUCAUUUUCAAGAAGAAGAAUUUGAUCAUCCUCAUGUCCAAGACAAGCUUGUAAUUUCACAAGCUUCAACCACACCCAUCAAUAUUAUUCCUCUUUCAAACAAAAUUUCACCCUCUCCACCAUCUCCUUCAAAUUCUACCACUUCUUCUGUUUCUUCCUUUACUUGUACCACUACUACUAACACAAGCAGCUCAAGCUCCACAUCCUCAAGUGGGUCUUCGGUGAUAAGCUCAAAAGAUAGAUCUUUCUCCAAUGAAUUUUUGUGGUCAUGCUACAAGGAAAACCCACAUAUAAUUCGCAUAAACUCACUCAAGGAAGCUACUCUUUCCUCGUUGCCUGUUUCCAAACCCAGAGAGCACUUAGACUCUCCCCCGAAACCAGUAUUGCCAAGUACGUUUCUGAAGCAGUCUAAUCAGCAAAAGAUGAAUUGGUCCGCUACGCCGCAGAAGAAGAGAGUCCGGUCGAGUUCACCAACUCUGACAAGAAAAAAGAGUUUCCGCAAAGAGCCAGAUCAGAGGCUUACCAGUACGACGUCGUAUUCUCUUCAGAGUACUAGAACCUUGAGAUCACCGUCUCCGAGUCGGAGAUUUAGUAAUGGAGGAGUUCUGAUCACGAACGCACAGAGAGAAUGCCAUUCGAAGCGUAUGAGUUGUACUUGCACAGUUGGUAAUCCCAAGUGUAUUUUGAGGAAUAAGGAAAAUGUUAGGCCAGCAAGUCCAAACAGCAACAUUAUUAAUUCGAGUCGAGGAAUUGGGACCUAUUCGAGGAGUGGUAGAGACACGGGCAUUCCCCGGAUUGGAUCAAAAAUCGACGAGAUUGCGGUUGGCGAAGCGCUGGCUCCACUUCAUGACCAUGACAUCGACUCUAUUCCUAUGGAGGAUAUCGAUAGCCCCCUAAUCGCCUUGGAUUGCUUUAUUUUUCUUUAGAAAUGUGUGUAUUCUGUGCUUUGCAUAUUAUUGGUAUGUGGUGAGUUUUACGGUGUUUUUUUUUUUUUUUCCCAACAUUUUCAUUCAUUCAUUAAUGGGUUUGGAAAUGAUCAACUGGAUCUCCCUGUAAUUAAAUGAGCUUGUAUUUUUGUAUUUUUUUAUUCUUUUCUUUUGCAUUUGAUUGUUCUACCCCUUUCAGAUACUAUUAAGACUCCGAACAUAUACAUUUGGGCAGUAUGAAUUUGGCUUUGUACUUGUU